UGUGUGCGGUAAAAGUCCACAAUAAUAAUAUUAAUAUCGGCUAUGAUAGCGUAUUGCGUAUGGACGUUCAAUUCAUCGUCAUAUUGUUGUGUAUACUUUGCGGGUAAAUAACGAUAAUUAUUGACAACAACACAACAACAGUGUUUGUCAAUCGCCAAAGUGUUUACCUCUACAUUGGCCGUACUCGGGCUGUGAUUCAAGUCCGGUUUUAUUUGUUAUUUUUGCUACUAUCUUCUGAUUCGUGUUGUUUCAAUUGCAAAAAAGGGCGCGCUCGCCGCCCCUCGUCGCUUCGAAGGGACGGUUUUCGCUUUUGUUUCCAUGAAAACACAACUGGGCAAAAUCGAUCCGGCGGCCCCAGGGACGCGGCCAACAGCGACUGCAGCAGCAGCAGCCGCAGUAGGGAGGAAAAACUCGACGUAGGCAAACAUGUUUUGGCUGUAGACACACGUUUGUCAACGUAAAUAAUACAGCGUAUCGAGAAUUGGGCGAGUCGUCCGUUCCACUUUUGGAUUGCCGCUACGUUCAUAUCAAAUAGUCUUUUAUUUUCGAUUAUAAAAGUUUUCUACAAUUUUUUCAAAUGCAAGUCGCAACGGUAAUGCACUCUAUGCAACAUGCAGGAGGAGUUGCAACAUAUUAUGCGGCUCCGAGGCCACCGGCGCACCCACAUUUUUCUAGUGUCAACUAUCACGAAUACGGCGCUACUUUUUCCAAGGUACAGCGCACGCAGUUGGGCAGCGGAUACAACAACACCGGUGGUAGCCAGGGCUUGAACAAUUCGAGCUUUGGCGGCAAGUCGGGAGCGAUACCAGGCCAUCACGGUGGCCCGCCCGGUAUGACCGGCAACUAUGCUAGUGGAGCCCCUACACAGUAUCAUCACAGAGCUACAUCCGGCUGGAACUCGGCCCCUUUGCCCGCACAACAGUACCGAUACGGAUCCGGUCCAGUCGCUCAGACCACCAUGUCGCCGUACACUUCUUACAACCCGAACCCGACUACCCAGUACAACGGCAACAACAGGAUACCCACGGCUUCGUCACCGGCCAACACCAACAACAGCAGUUCCAGUUCCAACACCAACGGCGGCACUUCUUUGCAAUCUUCCAAUCAGCCGACCACCAGCUCGCCGUCUUCGGAAUGCCAGUCUGCCGCAACGGCCCAACAACAGCUGUCCAAGACAAAUCUCUACAUCCGCGGAUUGAACCAGAACACCACCGACAAGGACUUGAUCGCCAUGUGUUCGCAAUACGGAAACAUCAUUUCGACCAAAGCGAUAUUGGACAAGAACACCAACAAGUGCUACGGUUUUGUUGACUUUGAGUCGGGCACGUGCGCCGAUGCCGCCGUCAAAGGUCUUCAGGCCAAAGGGGUCCAAGCCCAAAUGGCUAAAGUGGGUAUUCCAGUCCAGCGUAGAGCGGCCACUCAACAAGAACAGGACCCGACAAACUUGUACAUAGCCAACCUGCCGCCGAAUUUCAAAGAAAACGACUUGGACACUUUGCUGUCGAAAUUUGGACAAGUGGUGUCCACCAGGAUCCUUCGCGACACGAACAUGACCAGCAAAGGCGUCGGAUUUGCCAGGAUGGAUUCCAAAGAGAAGUGUGAACAAAUCAUUCAGAUGUUCAACGGUAAUCCAUUGCCCGGAUCAAAAGAGCCUUUGCUCGUCAAGUUCGCCGACAGCGGUCAGAAGAAAAGAAACACCAACUACAGGUCGGACUCUCGUUUGUGGAGAGAAAACGAGAACGGCGGAUGUGUGCGCUUUCCCGUACAGCACUAUAUGUUGCAGGGCUCCCACGUCGGCUACGACGGCGGCCAUUCCGGCAGCACCCCCGGCGCCCACGUGCUGCCCACCGCGCUGGCCCAGUACGUCGGCCGCCAUUACGCCACCCAGGCGCUGCCGGCCCACGGGUAUUCCAUACCGGCGUCCACGUGGGUGCCGCAGUACGUGAUGCAACCGGCCCCUCCGCACCAUCUGGCCCAAAUAGACAGCCCUGUAUGUUGCCAGAUGAUUCAACAGCCAGAUCCCAAUUCCGUGCAAUACGGUUCGGUCAUACCGCAGCUGGCCACACACAUGUCCGCCUUGCAGAUCGGCAACGGACCGUUUGUGCCGCAUCCGGGUUAUCCGUACUACACGAGCACCGCACCGAACAUCAUCCACGCUCUUCCGAUACCGGCCGAUGAUCAUCCGUCCGCUACCGCAUCUCCGGACGACUCCUAUCAACAUUACUCGCACAAAUAAGAAGAAGAAGAAGAAGAAGGAAACUUAGCCGAACGAUAUUCUGACCGACAAAAUAAACCCCAGCCCCCCCUCCCAAAAAAAUGUUUUACAUUAUUUCCCCACAACGUGUUUUAUAAUGAUUGUUUCCAAUUUUUUUGUUUUUCCCAUAAUUUUGCUAAUGAUAUCCAAAAAAAAAAAAAUGUGUUAUAAUCAAGUUGAAAACGAAUAAGUCGUAAGUCGCGGUUGAGUUAAAUUUGUUUCAUUAAAAAAAAAAAUCCAAGAGAAAGAAACCGAAUUUGGAAAAACCGCAACCCAAACGUUUUUUGUUCUUUAAAAAAAUAAUAAUAAUCCGUCUCAAGACAUGAUUAUUAUUUUUUUAGAGAACAAAAAACGGUUUUGGUUGCGUUUAAUUUAAAGCAAAGCAAAGCAAUUCUAAAAGUAACUAAUUAUUAUACAAGUAUUUACUUUUAGAUUGUUAAAAUAAAAGAAAAUUAACCGAAUCGCGAUGAAACACAUUGUACAAUUUUGCCCCGUAAACAAAAUUUUUCAAAGAAAAAAAAAACCAAAAUUCUAUCGAGUUAAUCCAUCCGCUGUGGGUUUUGUAAUUAAAUUGAUUGAAUUUUCUAUCGUUAUUUAUAUAUAAUUUCACGUUGCCUCUUCUGACGACCGGUCGCUCUCAACCGACUAGACGCAACUUGUUUUUUUUUGGAAUUUUUGUUUUUUUUUUUUUUUUAAUCAUAUUUUAUUUAUUGGUAAUUACCAAUUGGCGCCGCGACCAAGACCACCAAGAUUGUUACGGUAAAAACCUCCUCGUCGAGUUCCAGACGCGUAGUUUACGCGUAAACACAAUCGAUACACGGUUUACGCUUAAACUGCGUUGUCGUACGAACGGAGGAUUUUAACGUAACAAUUGUUGGCAAGUAAAAUAAAAUAUAUAUUAUAAAAAAUAAAUCACAACUACUUUUUUUUUAAUAAUAUAAUAAUUGAAACACAAACCGUUUGAUACGAUGAUGAGCUUUAACAAUAAUACGUAAUAAUCGAAAUGCGAAUAAAAUAUAAACUGAAAAAAAUGUUUUCUCGGCAAAAAAACAAUGUAUGUAAAAAUGGCUGAUUUGUUUCAUCGACAGAUUUACAUAUUUUAUGUUAACACAUUAUAUUAAACAAUUUAACUUGGAAAAAAAAAAUUGUUACAAAAAACCGUCGCGUUCAAUUUGACAUUCGGCUAAAUAAUGUCGGCUAAGUUAACGGCGAAUGAAAAAAUUAAAAAAAAAAAAAAAGAAGAUAUAUUUUAAAAGAAAAAUUUAAAAGGUUUUUUUUUAACAUUACGCAAAUGUAAUAAUAAAUAAUUUUAUUAUGAGAUUUUAAUUUGUUUUACCGUCGGUUCGGUUUUUCUCGUGAAAUUUUUUAUCCGAAACGAUUGGGUUCGAUUAUUAUGAUUUUUCGUUUAAGUAUUUAAUUUUAAUGUUAAAUUUCUUAGUUGGAAUAAAAAAAAAAACAAGCAAAAUCUGUCGAUUUUUCGAUUUUUAAAAUAUAUAUAUUUUUUAUUUAUUAUUAUUAUUAUUUGGGAGUUUUUUUUUUAAGUGAUUUGAUAAAUAAUAAUAAUGAGUUGAAUUUUUUUUUAUUUAUCGUUUGUCGUUUUAAGUAUAAUAUGUUUUUUUUAGAAAUUAAGAAAAAAUAUUUCGUUAUAUUUUAAAAUAUGAGAUUUGUAAUUGUUUUUUUUUUUUUUUUUUAUAUAAUUUAUAAUUCUAAGGCAAAAGAAGAGUGUAUAACUUUUACACUUGUCCGAUAUGAUCGUUUGUGGGUGUGUGAAAACAUUAAUAUUAAAAAAAAAAAAACCAAAAAAAAAAGAAAAGUCCAUUGGCCCGAAGGUAUCGUCUCAAAAUGGAGAUUCGAUAAAAUUAUAAUAAUAAUACUAAAACAUUUGAUUAACGUAAAACGAUUCUUCGAUUGAAUUGUUUUUUUUUUUUUUUUAAAUUAAGACGUAAUUUUUAAACGCGACGAACGAUGAGAUUUAGUUAAAUGUAACAACGUUAACACACAUUAACGGUGUGUGUUUUUAUAAAUUAAGAUUGAAAAAAUUUUGUGCAUUAAUUAAGCUAAUAUUUAUAUUAUGAUAAAAUUUAAUAGAUUUAACAAACACCUCUAUUAUUUGCGUUGGCAAUUAUUAUUCGGUAGGAUUAAAUUUGUACCAUUUAAGUAAGUCGCUUCGCUUUACAACAAACAGUUUACGCAAUAAAAAUUGAUAAAAUGAUUAAUAUUGAGCGUCGUUAAAAGCAUAUAAAAUAAAGUAGUUUUGUUACAUUUUAUUAAGUAGCAACUAAUUAUUUUCCGAUCGUCAACAAACGGCUGUUUUUUCUAUCCGACGACUAAACUGCUGCCGUCAGCGUGACCGUGCUUCGGAUUUAUUAUUGAUUUCUAUUUUCUUAUUAUUUUUUUUCACCCCGUUUUGAAUAAAUUUGUAAAAAUUUGUUCACACACAACAAAUAGGUAUUUUUUGUGUUUUUUUUUUUAAGGUUUAUGUUUUUUAGUUUUGAAUAUUAUUUCAUUUUUUUUUUUUUUUUUAUUCAUAUUUUAUUUAUUUGGUUAUAUUUUGUUUGUUUGUUUGUUUGAUUGAUUUUUUAACGAACGAGUUUAUGUUUUUCGACGCGUGAAAUUUUAAUAGGAAAAUGUUUUUUUUUAGUUUUUAGUUUGUAGUUUAUUAUUAUAUUUUAUUGUAUUUUUAUUUUAAUUGUAUUUUUAUUAUUUUUUUGGUUUGUCUUAAAUAUUAUAUUUUCUCGUUAAAAAAAAAAUAAUUUCACAAUACAACCGUAUCGUGGUGUGCAACGCACGCUCGUUUGUUUCCGAAAAACCAAAUUUACACAACCUAAUUAAUUAAUUAUUAUUUACUUGAAUUUUGUGUAUAGGCCGAAAAUAAUAUAACAACAACAAUAUGUCUUACAUUGAAGGUAUAUAUUUAUAUGUAUUUUUUAUUUAUUUAUUUAUUUAUUAUUUUUAUAUAUUUUUUUUUUUUUGCACGGUUCCGUUUGGGUCAUUGCGAACGACCGACUCCCAUAGAAACAUCGUAUUGGUUACCAUUUAGUAGGGCUUUUUUUUUAUGAUUAUUAUUAUUCAGUGUAUAUAAAAUAGUACCCUCGAUUAGUAGAUGGAAUUAAAACAAAAAAAAAAAAAACAUUUAUAUAUAAUAUAUGUUCGCAUAAUAUAUUAUAAAUAUAAAAAAACAGUGUAGCGUAGGAUAGUAUCAAAUGUAACAAUGGAACGUGUGUAUAUGUUGGGAAAGAGUGGGGGAAAAUUUCGAUAUUUUAAAAAUAACUGUAAUAAGUCAUUUGGAAAAAUCCAUUUUCAAGAAACGUUUGGCCGUCAGAAUUUCUAUUGAAACACAUUUUCUGACGUCGACCGGCUUUGUGUGUUUUUAAAAUAUUGAAAUUUUUCUCGCCUACACUUAACGGGGUCGGGUUAGGAAUUUUUUUUUUUAGCAAUUAUUUUUCAAAUUCAAUUUUAAAACACCGUUUUUUUUUAGCACUUUUAGCCGAUUCGUUUUAGACUUUUUCAAUUAUUAUCUUUCGCAUCUGGAAAUAACAAUAUUAUUAUUGUUCCGUAGCGGCUUUUUUAGCGGGUAGUUAAAAAUUUUUUUUUGCAAAUUUCAUUAAGGUUUAAACGAUUAGAUUUAAUUAUUUUUUUUUGUGUAAAUAUUAUGUUUAAAAUUUAAUUUAAAAAAGAAAAGUAUCGUCGUUUUUCGACGCGACCUAAAAACGCUUUUGAGUUUCCCAAAGAUAGUGAACUUAAAAAAAACGUCGUCUCCAACGUCGUUUCUUUUACGGUGGAACUAAUCUAAUGUUUUUUUUUUUUUUUUAUAUUUAACAACUCGAUAACGUUAGGAUAUUAUGAAAAUAAUUAUAAUUAAAUUACUUUUAUCUAUUGUAAUUGUAUAAAUAUGUCGCCGUCGUUUAUUUUGUGUACGAUUGCCGUGUGUUGGACGAUUAAUUAAGUUUUCUUCGAGAAAUCCGUAACGUUUCUAUUCUUCAAUAAAAUAGAAAAUAAUAAUGUUAAUAAACAAACAAAUAUUUAAACGUGUACGUACGUUACGCUGUUACGACUGUUCGAAAAUAUUACAGGGGUAUUUUAUUAUUUUUUUUUUUUGUAUACCUAUCGUGUCCCGUCUGUAAGUACGUUUGUUUUUAUCGAACCGACAAAAAAUAUAAUAUAUAUAUAUAUUUAUAAUAUAAAGGAUUAGAAAAAAAAAAGUAUGUAUGUGUAUGUGUGUGUUUUUUUUGAUAUUGUGAUAUUAUCGGUUGGCACGUGCCGGUGUCUUUCGGCCGACACUGUUCUAUACACUGGGUUAGGUAUUUUUAAUUUUAUUUUAAAAAAAGAGUUUUUUUUUUCGAAAACGAGCCUAAUGUAAUAUUUAUCGACAGCUGUGACUGAACGAACAUUAAUUGUGUGCCGAUCGUAUCCGAAUAACGUAAUUGACUUUUGUUUCGACCGUUCAAUUUGAUAUUCAGUUUGUAUUAUUAUU